UUCACGGCCGUAUACAUCUAGCAAACUUCAAGAUUUGUAACACAAUUAAGUCUCUAGACACUCAGUAAACAAAUCGGAUCGACUCGGAUACCACGGCGAAGGAUAUCAACCAACUUAGUUUCUACGAGAGCGUUUACUAGGUAAAACCAAUUAAAGUUACACAUUUCAAAGUAUGAAAGACAAAAUUUAAAAAAAAGAACAAUUGUAAAUUCAGAUAAAUAUAAAAAUGGAAGAAAAAAGCGAAGUAGCAGCAUUUUUUGCGGGACGGUCAGUUUUUGUAACCGGUGGCACUGGAUUAAUGGGAAAAGUGCUAGUGUGGAAAUUAUUAACAGGAUGUCCAGACAUAGAAAAAAUAUAUGUAUUAAUCAGAAGUAAAAGAGGUAAAUCUCCUUAUCUUCGAUACCAAGAUGUUAUUAAAGCUCCGAUAUUUAACGAUAUUCGUGCAAAAAAUAAAAAUUUAUUGAACAAAAUAGAAGUAAUCAGUGGUGAUGUUGGAAUUGAUGGACUAGGUAUAGCUCCUGAUAUGAAAAUCAAGUUAAUAUCAACUGUUUCAGUCGUCUUUCACGGAGCAGCGACUUUGAACUUGGAGGCAACGCUAUCCGAAGCCAUCAAUCUUAACACAAAAGGAACAUUGCGUACAUUAGAAUUUUGUUCUGAAAUGAAGAAUUUAGUGUCUUUCGUUCACUUUUCGACAGCUUUUUGUCAUGUAGACUUAGAGAGUCUUGAUGAGGAAGUACAUAAAUCACCUUACGAUGUGCACAAUAUGAUCAGAUUAAAUUCAUGGCUUGACGAAAAAUCCAUUCAGACAGUCACGUCUCAUUUAAUCAAACCACAUCCGAACACUUAUACUUUUUCAAAACGAUUAGCUGAAGAUAUUGUUAGCGAGUUCUACCCUCAAAUGCCCGUUUGUAUAGCAAGACCGUCUAUAGUUACUCCGGCACUCAAAGAACCACUGCCAGGGUGGGUAGAUAAUUUAAACGGGCCCGUGGGGAUCAUGGUGGCUGGAGGCAAGGGCGUAUUAAGAUCCAUUUUAUGUAAUCCGGAUUACACUGCAGAAGCCAUAUCAGUAGAUUUAGCAAUUAACGCUGUAAUUUCUAUUGCUUGGAAUAUGGGGACAUCAAAAGAUAAAAAAAAAUGUAUUCCUGUGUACAAUCUUACUCAACAUAAUUUAAAUCCAAUAUCAUGGCGUACUGUCUUGGAUAAAGGCAGGAAUAUCGCUCUUAAAUAUCCGUUUGAAGUUAUAUUGUGGUAUCCUAAUGGCUCUAUGACAACAAAUAGGUACAUUCACAUGUACAAUAGGAUUUUCCAUCAUUGGAUACCCGCAUACUUUAUCGAUAUACUAUUGUUUAUAUUUGGACAAAAAAGAUUCAUGGUAAGAGUUCAACAAAAAAUAGCUGAUGGAUUACGAGUGUUACAAUACUUUACAAUGCGUAAUUGGGAUUUCAAAAACGACAAAUUGUUAGCCCUCAGGGAAACAAUGAACUCUACUGAUCGUGAACUGUUCGACAUGCAUUUUGAAAAGUUGGAUAUUGAGAAGUAUUUCACCGAUUGCAUUUUAGGUGCUCGAACAUACUGUCUAAAAGAAGACCCAAACAGUUUGCCAAAAUCUAGAAAAAUCAUCAAAGUGUUGUACGUGUUAGACGUUAUCGUUAAGUACUUAAAAUAUGCAUUGUUAGCUUGGAUAUGCUACAAACUUUAUUCUGUCGUUAAUGCCGCGUACUAAUAAUUUGCUUCAUAUAAUCCGCAUUAUCUUAUUUAUUCACAGCGCUCUAAUGAUGUUAUUCUAAGAUUUAAUUGAAGAUAAAUAUUUCCGGAUUCUCUAAAUUUGGAUCUUUGACCAAGAGAAUUAAAAAAACCCAUACAUUUUUUUACAACACAUUCGUAGGUUUUCAUUUAUUGUUCUUGUUUCUUCUUAUCACUCCGCUGCUGGAUACGUCAAAACCCCCUUUAGAUAUGCUUUUAAUAUAGUGUUUCCCCUUAUAUUCUGACACGCACCCUCUGACCGAGGAGAUGAAUACGCACGUCGCUACCUCUUGAAAGUAUUUAAACGCAUUGUUCUCGAAUACAGAAGAAAGCAGACAUCACAAGUACCUUUUAUAGUUAUAUACAAACGAGCAUCUUUUGUUCGUCCGGCCACUAGCCUCGGGAUCUACGUUCGCUAUAUUGAUUUACACGUACUAUACGAAUCGAGAAGCAAAAAGAAUUUUCGAGAAAAAAUAUUCUGUCAUCUAAACACCAUUAUCACCAAGAAGUGGUACUAGGUAGAUCAAUAAAAUAUACAAAAAACAAAAGGAUUUUAAACGAAAUUUCUUGACCAGUGCACUACCACCACCAC